GCUUCUCUGAUCUGCAUGGUGGAAUGAGAGGCAUUUUGCAGCCGCUCACAGGACGACGAGGUGGGAGGGGACGUCACUACGUAGUAGAGACCCACUCACUCACUCACUCACUCUCAGUGCAUGAACCAAGUUUCCUGCGCCUCGGCCAUCUCUGCGUGAAACUUCUUCUCUUGAGAUGAACGCGCUCGACGGCUGCGGACGGAGCUUAUGCUGGGAUAGGAAGCCGUGAUAGCGGGUUCUGGUGGGGGGGGGGGGGGAGAACCCGGUCCGGCCCGCCGCCGGAGCUGAAUAUGGGUCAGACCGCUGUGUCUGCCGUGUCUCAGUCAACGAGCGUUGAUGGCCUGGAGAAAUCAUCUGUGGCCAGCUGUGAUGUGGUGGUGGACAACGCCUCCAAUACCCAGAAUGCCCAUGGGUCACGACAGCAGCGAGGGAAACUGUCAACACUGGGAAAACUGUUCAAACCCUGGAAGUGGAGGAAGAAGAAAACCAGCGACAAGUUCCAGGAUCUCUCCAAAGUUCUAGAGAGAAAAAUCUCCACUAGACAAACAAGAGAGGAGCUCAUCAGGAAGGGGGUUCUUAUCCCUGAGCAAGAUGAACCAAUCAGUAGUGAAAAUCUGAAUGGCCAUGCAUCGUCCAGUUUAACUCCAGAGGAAGUCAAAGUGGACAUCGAGUCUCCUGACGCUCUGGUGGAGGAACAAGCCGCUGGACCAAUCAGCACAGAGGAAAAAACAUCAGAGAGCUGCGUGGCUAAACCACCUGCCCGGACAAACCAGGUGCGACCUCGAGACGCUGCAGCUAAAAAACAGCAAAGUGCCGCUGCGGCCACUGCCACCAGAGCCGGUGGCGCCACCGCAACACGACACAAAGAAGGUGCUCCAGGAGCUAAAAAGGCAGCUAAAACCACAGGCAAGGCAGGCGCAUCCACGCAGGCUAAAGCUAACCCACGGCACACUAACACCACAAGUCGAGGGGUUGCCAAAUCCUCAAACCCAAAGAAGACGGGAGGCGCGAGUAAAACCACCACCUCCACCACCGCCACACCUCGUUCUCGGGUGCCCAAGGAUGCUGCGGCCCAGUCUGAAGGGAUGCCUGCCAAGACCACCAAGAAACCAGACGCUUCAGCUUCUUCACCCGAACCUCAGAAAACCUCCACAGAGGCUGCUAGUCAGCCUGAGGACCUAAAAUCAUCUUCGCCUUCCUCAGACAACAAGCCUCUUUCAUCCAAACCCUCAGGAAGCAAGGCAGAGGGAAAUCAGGCUAUUUGUUCGAAAGCUGAUCUAGAGUCUAAAUCGGCUCUAAAUGACACUGCUUCAAGGGAAGAGACUCACAAGUUUGUGGCUCCUGAGAUCACAGACCAGUCCUCUCAUAUCAACCAGACUACAGAGGACACCUCCUUCACAGGAGACAAAAACGACCGCUCACAGAGAGAGAAACGUGAAAGGACAGAAUUAGAGGACAGAAAAGAUGCGAAAAAGCAAGGAGAAACCGAUUGUGGUAAAGAGAACGACUCCAGGUCAGCAGCAGGCGAUUCGGAAAAGCAGCCGGGUCUGAGCGUGAAGACGGACCAGGCUGUGGUGACAGUUAUCCCCAAUAGGCCAAGAGACAGCCAGACCAGUGAUUCUGAUUCGGAUGGACCCAUCCUUUACCGGGGCGAUGAUGAUGAAGAGGACGACGAAGAUGAAUACACAAACAACUCCUUGGCCAGCAAGAUUCGCCGACGAGACACGUUGAACAUUAAGCUGGGCAACCGACCCAGCAAGGAGGAGUUGGAGGAGAAAAACAUUCUGCCAAGAAGCUCAGAGACGGAGAGGCACGAGCUCCGCCAGCAGAUAGGCUCCAAAUUAGUCAGACGCCUGAGCCAAAGACCCACCACAGAGGAGCUGGAGCAGAGAAACAUCCUCAAACAAAUAAAUGAAGCUGAGGAGAAAGAAGCCAAGCAAGAGAUUAAAAGGAGACUCACCAGAAAGCUGAGUGUGAGGCCUACAGUGGCAGAGCUAAUUGCUCGGAGGAUUCUGCGGUUUAAUGAGUAUGUGGAGGUGACGGACGCCAAGGAUUACGACCGUCGGGCAGACAAACCCUGGACACGGCUUACUCCCGCCGACAAGGCCGCUAUCCGCAAAGAGCUGAAUGAGUUUAAGAGCCGAGAGAUGGAGGUUCAUGAAGACAGCAAACAGUUUACAAGGUUCCAUCGGCCAUAAGGGCUCUCCCUCCUCUCCUCUCCUGUCCUCGUUUCUCUUCGAAGCCUGUCGACAUCUUUGAAACGGACACUUUGGCCUGUCGAAGCAGGGAAAACCUAGUUUUCAUUUAGAAAACCAACCAUGUGUAUUUAGAUGAGCCAUGGUGUUGUUCUCUGUCAGAGGAUAUGAGGAUUUUUAUAAAAACUGUGCUACCUUCACUCAGAUUUACUUAAACCUGGCUUCUCCUGCUAAAACAUAUACAAUAUCAUCUUUGAUGGGGGUCUGUUGCUCUUGGUGAUACAUAUUUAUGUCUUUAAUGACAGCUACAUGUGUGUCUUAAGGCAUUGGCCAUGUUAAGGCACCUUUGAAACAUUUGCACAUAUCCAUUGUGAUUACAGUGCUGUGUAUAGCUCGCUGAAUAGGACCUCUUAUUUAUUGUAGAAUAUCAGAACCUUUGGGUAUUUUAUUGUUUUUGUUUUGUUUAUGUGGGUUUUUUUUCCCACCUCAUGCCUUGUAGUGAGAGGUUGCUGGGUGGAAAGACAAGCAGCAUUGCCUUUGUAAUUGUGACUGUGGCUCAGAUGUGCUGUAGAGCGGUGUUCUUGCCAAGUUAUGCCAUAAUCUUACAAAUGCCCAAAUAUGGACAUCCUCCUGGAACAGGAAAUGGGGAUGAUUGGGGGGGGGUUCAGGAUGAUGUCAGUGCCUGUGGGACAGAUUGCACAGGAGGGGGAGGCAGCUUGUUCCGCUCUGAUGUGCCUCACUGUGAAAUCCCCAUUUUUAGAUCUGUUCCAAACAUCGCCACUAGGGGGCAUUAUAUCCUAGAAGUUCCAGACUGGGAUCCUGAUGUCUGUGGGUGACGAUUAUCCCCUCAGCUGCUGAAGCUGUCGAAGAUGUGGACACCUUUAGGCUUGAAUAGUGAAGUGUAAAUUAUCAUCAGCCUACUGAAAGUCACGUCUGCUUCCUCAGCACAUCUUCUGAUCAUGUGACGUCGUAUAUCCUGCGCCGAGCCGUUUGCUGCAAACCAAUGAUCACAUCAUGCUUGGCUUGCUGUUUUCAGAUUGUACCAUUUCCUUCAAUUGCAGUUUUUUUUUCCCCAUUUAUGACUUCUUGCCUGGCGCCUACCUCGUCUAGACGAGUUGGGGUAAUAAAAAGCAGGAAUUUAAUUCUUUUUUAAUUAAAAAAGGUUAGUUUGUUGUUUGGAGUGCUAUAUAUGUAUAAAUAUAAUGCAGGCUUGAAACGUUGCCAAUGAUGCAGCCAUCUGAAAAUUAUGUUUACUAGAGUUUCUACCUAAUUUUUCAAAGUUUAGGCAAAGUCAAGAGUAUUAUCUUAUUUUGCAGGUCUGGAUACUUUUACUCUUUACUAUCAAUUCCUAUGAAUUGAAUUAUUGGAACAAAGUGCCGUUUUUUCAUUGUCUCAUGCUUUAUUAGACAUGCUUUAUUUUUGAUUUCCCCAGUAGCUACUUCACUUCAACAUUUCAGUAAUCAGUAUUUGGUUCUUUGGUUUCUGGCUGAGGACCCAAACAUAAAAACAUAGUUGUUUUUUUUAACCUUUAGACUACUUUAAAUCAAGAUAUUAAACUGAACCUGGAGAGCGCCUAAAUUGAGCAUGAUUGAAUGGGGUGCAAACGCCAAAAAAAGGUUAGAAAAUAGGGGUGGGGUUGUUAAUAACUGAGCUUUAAACAAUAAGGUCUAAUUUGUUUAACCAAGUAUCCUAAAUUUAGAACAAGAACUGAUAUAAGUUGAUUUAAAAACGGAUUGAAAUAGGCCUUUAAAAAAGCCAUGAUGAUGUAAAGAAUCACUAAGGAAAGAAAGAUGUUUACCAAAGCUGCAUUCCUCUUUCACACGUCGCCUUGACAUGCGUCUUGAUAACUUUCUCUUUCUCUUGUUUUAAGUACCUCUAUAUUUGUGCAUUUUGUUGCACCACUUUAUUUCGAGUAAACUGAUCAAAUAUAUGCUCUAAAAGUAAAGAGAUGAUACGGAAGUCUGAAUUGAGUUUUAUUCUUCGUUCCUUUCAUAUAUGUGUUGAUAGAUUUGUCAGUCACAUGGUGUGAAUACUUUUACCUGUCCUUGUUUCGCUGGCUUCGUGUGCCACUUCAGACUUCACAAGAUUCAAUAACACGAAUCCUAAAUUGUCGAGAUGCGUGUUAACGCAGAAUGUGAUGAGGAUAUUUCUCACAAUGAAAUCAGUUUUAUUGCAAAUAUGACAUUUUAUUGUCGGUCUUUUUCUUGUCUUACUUUAUUCCCGUUAUUUUAAAACAUGGAAAAAACAAACUCCUGCUUAAAUAUAUAUGUCGUUUGUAGGCAACGCACAAACUCUGACCUUCACACGUCCCACAUGUGGUCAAUCUCUCCAAGCCAAUGUUUGGUUUAUUUCUUCAAACUUUCCAUAAAUUGUUUCAGAAGCAUGUCAAACAUCUAUGGAGCUAUGUUAAGCUUAAAAUAAUUAAUUUAAAAAUAUUUAGGCAUAAAGACAAUUAAAGUAAAUAUCUGAAUGGCGAUGAAUUAAAGGCGUCUUGAGUAGUUUAAUAUUAUAUACACAAACAACCACUAAAAUGGGACCAUUCUUACUCCAAGGUGGGAAAUAUUCCAAGGAAAAAUGUCAUUUAUAUUUUAGUUUAAAGCACCCACACUAUUCGUUGUGUUUAGUUUAUAUUUUAUAUAAAAUAGAGGGGUUUUUAAAAAAUAAAAAAAAGAUGCUGGAAUAAAUCAAAGAUCAUGUAGAGUUUAAGUGAAUAGUUUAAUCUUACUGUACUAAAUAUACUGAGGCUUUAAAAAAUACUUUUAUUUCAUCCUAUAAAAAUA